UCAUAGAAGGAAAGCAUUCCAAACUCUCAGAUAACAGAUACGAUAUAAUGGCAACUGACGGUAAUACUAACACAUGUUCCCGACAAGGUAAAAGCAGUACUACUAAAAACCUGUCUUGGAGUAUUCGAUUACCUUUUAACGAAUCAAUAAAUGAAAUACAGAUUACCACUAAUACCUGGUCUCUUGUUUAUUUCAAGAACUUUGAAGUUUUUGUAGGAUAUAUUUCAAUAUCUGGAAACGAUGAUGAUGUUAAUAAGCAAACGUGUUUUAGACAAGGUCAUGACAUUCCCAAAACAACAACAUUUACAAUUUUAUGUGAUAAACCAAUCAUUGGAAAUGAUGUGAAAAUUGAACUUGAAGAAUCCCAAAACGUACUAAAUCUUUGUGAUGUGAGAAUAAACGGAGGUAUAUUUAUAAUGUACUAUACAUUUUCUAAUCAUUCGUUAUCAUUAACAAAUUUAGUUGGCAAGUGGUAAUUCCACUGAACAAGGAAGUAAUUCCUUUGUGAUUUAAAAAAAGGUUUGGACCUAUAAAUAAAU